CACAGAGUUAUUAUAGUUUGUUUUAUAGUAAAACGCUGUAAUUACUUUAACCGCAUUGAAAUACGUGUUUAGUUAGUUGUAAAGAUGGUGAUAUCAUGCGCUGCUGUGAACUGCACAAACAGACAAGGGAAAGUUGAUAAAUCUGUUAUUUCGUUUCACAGGUUCCCUAUCAAAAAUGCUAGGCGGCUGGAGCUUUGGAAGCAGGCAGUUCGAAGAGAGAGAUGGACACCAAACAAGUACUCAUUCCUGUGCAGCAAACACUUCACCCCAGACAGCUUUCAGGAAAGGUAUGAGGACCAGCACAGGCAGCUCAAGGGCAACGCUGUGCCCUCCAUCUUCGACUUCACUGACAAGACCAGAAACUCCAACUCGAUGGUGCGCAGGAAAGUGCUUUGCAAAGACUCUUUGGAACAAGAUGCCGGCUCAGAGGAACAGGGGGUGACAAGAGCCACUAAAAAGAGGAAGGCUGCUUCCCAGGAAGAUGUGAAGCUCAAGAAAGAAAGAGACAUUAGCCCCAUAGCAGUAGAAGAGGGCCCCCAGCAUGCCGUGGGAGAGUGGGCAAUGGGUGGCAGUGGGGAAGCAGAGGUAUUCACCCCUUCUUCCUGCAGCUUCAUAGACACAUUACACUCCUACAGCUACACUUCCAGACAGGAGCGGGACCAGACUGCCAGGAGCAAGCACAAGAAGAUGAGUAAAAAGGCAGAGCCAGAGUCAAAAAGUACUGCCGCCCCCACUGCCUCGGAACAUGACCUGAUCAAAAACUUUAACAUCCUCGUCCCCGAUCCCCACCCUGUUGAGGGCCCUGUGAAGCACUCAAGUGACAGCUCCUGCCGUCACGUGCUGAUCGACUCUCUGCACUCAUACUGCUUCACAGACUGGCUGGCUAGCAAGGGGCAGGGCAGGCAUGGGAGGCUGGUGAGGAGGCAGCUGCUCCGGAGGAGAGCCCGGCGUCUUCAUGCACAGCUGCAGCUCAGGAAGGGGAAGGAGCUGCUGGAGAGGAAGAGGACCCAGUGGGUCUCCAACAUGCUGGCUCCACAGAGAGCAGAUGCCCCAUUGAACCCGGUAAUAAAGCCCCUGGAGUGGAUGCUGGGGUCCUGGGAGUGUGACGAGCCAGGAGAGGGGACCUUUCCCACCAUCCAGCCCUUCCGAUACACAGAGACGCUUCACAUCUUCCACGUGGGACAGCCCAUGCUUAACUUCAUGUUCAAUGCCUUCCACUCUGAGACUAAGAAACCGCUGCACAGAGAAUGUGGCUUCAUCCGUGUGGAACCUGGCAAAGACAAAGUGGCUUUUAUCAUUGCCCAGAACACAGGCCUGGUUGAGAUUGAGGAGGGGAAGCUUAGCGGUCAGGAGUUGACCCUGCAGUCCCAGUCUGUGUCCCGCAUCUCCUUUGCUAAAGAGCCACACGUCCAGCAGAUCUCCCGGACUUUCCGACUCAAGGAAGAUGGCAGGCUGGAGCAGACGGUGUGCAUGGCGACUGAAGGCCAGCCUCUCUCAAAGCACCUGCACAUCACCUACAGGAAGAGAGCGCCCUGAAGGGAAUGGAGAGGCUUGCUAAGGGAGUAUCCAACACAAACCACAUGAUCGUUAACAUGGCUCCUGCAGCUCGUUGAAUGACAGUUGUGAACAACCUGAACUCAAUCAAUUAUAUAUUUAACUGAAUUUUACAGCAGAAUGCAAAAGAAUGUACUCUGGACUAGCUUAUUUACUACUGUGUAAAAUUUACAGCAACAAAAUAACCUACAAUUAAUAACACACAAAAUGUAUAGAAAUCUGUUUUCAGAUUCCAUGUUAGAAAGCAGUAUAUGUAAAGCGAUUGUAGCUUUCCAUGCCAUGCACAUCCAUUCACUCACUGUACAUCUCAGUCGUAGUUUUGAAAGAAAUCUGUUUUAGCAAGUAUGAGUUUUCAUUUUAAACCUUGAUGUCUGGAACUAUAUUAGGUUGUAGAAAUAUUUGAUUGCAGACUGAUAGCCUUGCACUUGCAUGGUCAUUUCCACUAGAAAUUGUCAACACCCCUUUAGGUCCUUCUUUCCUGUCAGUACCCAGCUGUUUGCUUCCCAUACUGAGUGAUAUGCUUUGCAGCCAGUAAGAUGCUUGACCCUGAAGAUAGGUGACAAGUCCUAGGAAGUGCAAGUGUAUUUAUUUCCUGUAAUGCAAGGCAAGCAAACUGACAACCUAGUGUAGUACCGAAUAUCAUGUUUCAAAAUGAUAGUACAGUGUGCAAUAUCAAGUUCAUCUCUAAACUAGACACAUCUACAGUGAAGUGCAUAACAGGUAGGAGUUGAGAAAGUAUUGUGUUGGCUGUAACCAGUUUAAAUAUCCUGCAUGUCCACCCCAUGCUAAUUGUUAAAGUCCUAGUUUGUCGAACUACAGGAAACUGCUUUGAAGUAAUUGUUCCCAUAAAUCUGAACCUAGCAGACAGGCUCUAGAUUUCCAGUCAAAGGUGUGUUUUCAUUUUCUGGAACCGCUUUGCACCACAUAUCAAUCCUUUGUGCACUUCGACAGACCACAAUUAGUACGAAGCUUGGCUACCUAAGAUAACUUUAGGCAGUCCAAAGUUAGUUUGAAUUGUCUUCUGUGAAUCCUAUCUAUAAGGCAUAUUUUACCUCUAAAUGCUGAGCUGUACAAAAAUGUGUUGCUUAUUAUUCAUAGUUGUGCUUGCAUGUAGUUAUAGUGAUGUAGUAACUUCUCACUAUAUUUACAUCAGGGCAUCAACAACGUCUAUAUUUACAUCGGCACCAACAAACGCCCUCAUACUUGUUGUUAUAAUAUUAUAAUUGAAAUUAUUAGAUGGAAAUUCUAGCCUAUUUUAUUUCAAUUUGUAUGAACACAUUGUUGUCAUGUCCUGUAGUAAAUGAGGUGUGGAGGUUAAUAAGACAAAGGUCAGGGCCAUAAGUAGAGACUUCCUGUCAGCUUCACAUGUGCAGCUUGUUGCAUUGGGAUACUGCUUUUCAUUUUGUUUUGUUUGAUACAUGCAAGGCUACGGAAUACUGUUCUAAAUCUAAAGCACUCCAUUUGUACUUAAUCCUAUAAUAAAGUGUACAGGACAG